AUGGCAGGCGUAGAGAACUCGUCUAGCUGGAAUGAUUUCGCAGCGCUAGCUGUACAGAUGGGUCACCAAGCCCCGCCAGCACAGGCAACAGCAACAACAGCAACAGCAGCAACAGCAGCGCCUAUAGAAAAAAUACCAAGCUACUUACCUUCAAAUCAUAGCAUUCACGACGGUUACGAGGAUAUACCCGCACAGCAUCAACCUCGAGAAUCACUCAAUACUACUGAUAUUGAUAAUGAUGACUAUCUCAUCGCAAUGCAACUUGCAAAUUCCCAAUCAAUCAGGUCCAUCCAGUCUGUAGAACCUCCGCUUCCACCGGCACGCACACGCCCACAACUUGUUAAAACUGAUUACAACGACCAUGACGAUAUGCUUGCUGCACUCGAAUACGCGCAAGACCCUCCAAGUUCUCCUGACUCACCCUCGGCCGUGCCUUCGGUACCUGUCACUACUACAGCCCCUCCACCAAAAACUCAGCAAGCUUUCUUCCCUUCCUCUUUUACCUCCUCCAAGGCUGCCGUGGAGAGAGCCAAGCUGGCCAGAGAACGUAGAGAGAAGGCUUUGAGGAACCCGGGCAAACCCCGUAAACCAUCCAAGAAGAGGAAGAACUUUGGUGGAAGAACGUCAAACUUACAUGACGCUUGGGCACCUUCUUCAGACGAUGAUGCUGAGAUCACUUCAGAGGAGGAGGAAGACGACGAUGACGAUGAGCAAAGUGCAAUCGUACCUUUGAAGACACGCAUUCAACGCGCAAAAGAGGCUGAACAGCUUGCUCAUCAGAAGCAGAAGCAAGAAGAAGAGGAAGCUGCUAGAGUUAACAGCUUUGGUAUUCCGAACGACCUUCUCAAUGAGAAAGCUUCCCAAGAAUUCGAUUCAUCCCCUAAUCAGCACACGUCCACUGAAGAAGAACAUAGAUUACAGGAUCAAUUACAAGCUGACGAUCUCGAUAGAGCAUUCGCAAGGCAAUCAUUAACUCCAGCCAGCGGACGACCAUCAAUUCACAACCGUCAAUCGACAGCCACUACAGUUACCCUCGGCGAACGCGAGCGUAGAAGACAAUCAGCUGAGAUGCAUCUUUUAGCUAACCAACAGAGACAGCAAUCGAUGAUGAUGGCACCGCAAAUAAAGCAUCAACAACAACAGCAGCUUCAAAAUCAAAGGCAAUCAAUGUGGACCAACCACUUGGAACAUCCAAACAACAUGGAUCACUCAAAUAACUAUGAAAAGUUUAUCAACAUUGAGCCAGAGAUGGAGCAAAAGAACCCUAAUAACAAAUUUGCCCCAUUCGGUUUGUUACAAGCUGGUAUGAUGAAUAAACAGUCCAAAACAGCUAAAGCUCAAGAGCAAUAUGCAAGAGAUUAUGGUGUCGGUAUGGUACUACCACCAGCUAAAGUUCCCGAGCCACAGUUCGGACUGCUCGGUCAAAUUGCUGCUCAUGAGAAAGAUAGGAAAAGAGUUGGUGGACUUGGUGCACUUUUGACUGAAAGAGAUAGGGAAAAGAGAGGUGUAGAAUCAAGUCAAAGGAAGUAUAAUGAAGCAGUAAAUCAGCAAUCACCCUCUUCAACACCUUACAAUAUGCCUCCACAACAAGGACCACCACAAAUGCCAAUGCAGAUGGAUCCACGCAUGUCAAUGAUGAUGAACACACCUAUGAUGAUGAAUAAUAUGAUGAUGCCACCUCAGUCACCUCAGUACUACGACCCAGCAAUGUCAAUGAUGGCAAUGAACGCUAUGCAACAGCAACAACAACAGCAACAACUAAUGAUGCAAGGCAUGUAUCAAGCUCAGCAAGCAUACAAUGCAACACUAUAUCAAUAUCAACAAUCGAAUCCAGGAGGCUAUAUGUCACCUUCACCACAUGCUUACCCAUCUGAUGGUGCUGGAUUAGGAGUCGGUUUUAAUCAAACUUCAGGUAGAAUGAGCACAGGUCCUUACAUGAAUAACAAUCACAGUUCAUCAAGACCUAGGUCUACUUUCUUCUCUGAUGCAAAGUAA